AUGCCUGUGUUCACUGAUGCAAGAUUGUUUCGAUACAGUCAGAAAAGGUUUCAGUCACUCCUUAGCAAUCUCCAUCCUAGUGAAGGUUCUUCAAAGUCUCAAAAAAGAGUAGGACGAGGUCCGGGCAGCGGCCUAGGUAAAACUUCUGGAAGAGGUCAAAAGGGCCAAAAAGCUCGUGAGAAUAUCAAACCUUGGUUUGAAGGUGGACAAACACCAAUAUAUAAGCUGUUCCCUAAGCGUGGUUUUAUCCGUUUCAAUCGUUUGGAUUUGAAUGAGUUGAAGUUAGUUAAAAUCGUUGAUUGGUACAGACGGGGACUACUUGAUAUCGAUGAGACGCUAACGAUUAAAAAAAUGAAACAAUGUGGGUUGAUAUCUGGACCAAUGAAAGAUGGUGUCACAAUAUUGGGAAACGGUAAAGAAAAAUUUGAUUUCCCUCUUAAUGUUGAAGCUACCAAAGCCUCAAAUCCUGCAAUUAGAGCCAUAGAGAGAAACAAUGGUUCCUUUGUUUCUAGGUACUAUGGCAAGCUCAGUUACAAAGCUCACCACGCUCCUUCAUGGUUUAUCAAAAGCAAAGGCUAUCUUCCCCUCUGUGCAAGGCCGAUUUCGAGGAGGGACAUAGUAUUUUACUCUUCCUCCAACAAAAGGGGCUACUUAGCCAAACAAAACCCCUCGGAGAACGUAAAUCAAGAGAGUAGGGGCAUUCAAUCUGUUUUGAAAAGAACUAAAUUGAGUCCUCUUGAAUUGCAACUCAGAAACAUCAGGCAAGCUAACAAUAGAUACUCGUCAAUGACAUCGUUAGCUUCGUUUCAGCAGAACCAAUUUGUGAAACUGCAAGAUCUAUGA